AUGAAGAUUUAUCGUCCACUGUGGGAAGACGGGGCUUUUCUGAUGCCCCAGCAGUUUCAGCAGCAGGCUGCCUGGGAUGUUCAUCUGGCAGACAGCGUUGCCAGAAUGGGGCUGGCGCAUCCAUGGGGCGUGGUGGCUGCAGAGUUUGAUGACUCUCUGUUACCUCUUUCACGGUUGAAUGCCACCCGUCUGAUUGUUCGUUUCCCGGACGGAACGCUUAUUGAUACGGAACGCGCGGAUAAUCUGCCUCCGGUCUGUGAUUUAUCGACGGUUUCUGAUCGUUCCCUGGUGGAUAUUGUGCUGGCACUACCGUUACUGAAUGCUAACGGUGGCAACCUUGAUAAUGGCAGUGAGAGCGAGCGUCCGCGUCGCUGGAAAUCAGAAAGGGUGAAUGUGCAGGAGCUGGCCGGGCAUGAGCAAAGCGAAGUGGCGGUAUUGCGGCAUAACCUGACUCUGCGCAUGGCUCAUCAGGAAAAUGCUGCCUGGCUGACCUGUCCCGUUACCCGUCUUGUUCGUGAUGCACAGGGACAGUGGUGCAGGGACCCGCGUUUUAUUCCCCCUCUGCUGACGCUGUCUGCCAGUCCUUCGCUGAUGACUGAACUUGCGGAGUUGCUUCAUCACCUGCAGGCGCGUCGCCAGCGACUGAUGUCCAUGCGUCGGGAGAACAAUGCCCGUCUUGCGGAUUUUGCAGUGGCGGACGUGUCGUUGUUCUGGUUGCUGAAUGCCCUGAACAGUGCGGAGCCUGUUCUGAAAGAGUUGCUUGACAUGCCUUACCGCCACCCGGAACUGUUGUACAGGGAGCUUGCCCGACUGGCAGGCUCCCUGCUCACAUUCUCGCUUGAGCAUAAUGUGGAUGCGGUUCCGGCAUACCAUCAUGAAACACCUGAAAAUGUUUUCCCACCUUUGCUUUCUUUGCUGAACCAGCUGCUGGAGGCAAGCCUGCCUUCCCGUGUGGUCUUCAUUGAACUGAAACAAAAUGGUGUGAUGUGGGAGGGGGCAUUACAUGAUGCGCGUCUGCGCGAAGGGGCUGAUUUCUGGCUUUCAGUGCGCUCUUCCAUGCCCGGGCAUGAACUGCAGACGAAGUUUCCGCAGCUAUGCAAAGCCGGAAGCCCCGAUGAUGUGUCUGAGGUGGUGAAUGUGGCGCUGAGCGGGGUCAUUAUCCGUCCGGUUACGCAUGUACCGGCGGCCAUUCCACUCCGGCUGGAAAACCAGUAUUUCGCGCUGGAUUUAAGUACGGAUGCGGCCCGGGCGAUGCUGGACGCGGGGCGUUGUACUUUCUACACCCCGGCAUCGCUGGGGGAUGUGAAACUGGAACUUUUUGCGGUGCUGCGGACAUGA